AUGCACGCAGGCAGGAUGUUUCCCAACAUGUUCAGCCUACAUAAGCGACAGCAGGGUCAAGGUGGCUCCGACUUGCCCUCGAGUAUAGGAAACCCGAACACAAGCCUUCCUCCAACCAUAGGCCCGGAUGGCAUUGUCACUGACGCCACCACGGCACCGAUCGCAACAGCAAAUGCCAUCUCAGGACUCACCACCGUCGUGGAAACAUUAACACUGGCCCAGACGGGCCCAAGUCCUACCACCAUCACAACCGAGCGAACAAAGACCAUCACCAACGCCCUCGAAUAUGCUUCACUCACUUCAGCUGCUGCCGCCAAAUCUACAUCAGCCCGAGCCACUUCACAAUCUGCUUCCAAAUCCACAUCAUCUCCCACCGCAACCGCGGCUGCAUCUUCAUCGUCUUCCUCGAAUCUCAGUACCCUUGUUCCAGCAAUCGUCGUACCAGUGGUGGUAGUUCUCAUCGCUUCCCUUGCCCUCUUCUGGUUCUUCAUGCGACGGAGGCAUAGGCGCGAACUCCAGAGUCAACCAGAGUUCGUUAUGGCUGGUAAGGGAGAGAAAUUGAACAGUCGAUCAAGCAGUGCUCGUUCGGCAAACUCAAGUUCAUGGCCCGCAGAGAAGCGUUCACCAGAGGUUCCUCAAAAAGAGAUGCAAUCACUCGCCAAAUCCCCUCCCACGCCGAACUCCGAGUGGAAGUCGCCUAAAAUUGGUAUUGGUAUAUCUCAUGAGUCUUUUGCUACAACUGGCCAGAAAUCAUCCAGUCAACAUGUUGCUGGAAUGGUAAGAGGAGAGCCUCGACCAUAUCAGAAUAGCAAUGGACAUUCAUCGGGAGCUCGCCCUGCAACGUCUGGACGUGGCCAACCUCCAAUAGCUACCGACCGUGAACAAAAUCGAAAUAGAAGCAACAGUACUCCUGGCCAGCGAGGUAUGCCUCCAUCUUCAAGAUCAGGGCCAAGUCCAACACCUAGAUCUGGUCCUAGCCCGGUCCCUCGAGGACUUCCUGGCCCCAAUUCUACCAAUCCCAAGCAAGGUGUCACCAGUCCCCUUCUCAAUGGAGGUCCAAUACCAGUCACAGGACCCCUUCGAUUACGUGAUCCAUCUCCUGGUAUGGGCCACAACACUCGUGCUCAAGCACCGACCCGCCUUGAAGCUCCUGGCGCCUACAAUGGCAACUCAUCCAUCUCCCAGUACUCACCCAUUGUUAAGGAUACUCCUACUUCGGCGACCCCUGUUCAGAGCAAUAACAACAAACGAGGGCCACCUCCACCCCUCAAGACUUCAAAUUUUGCUAAUCCCAGAUCUCCCGCCACAGAUUCACCCACAGGUCUAAGUGACGAAAACUUACGAAUUGCUAGACUGGCCACCUCAUCACGGCUGGGUUAUAGUGUGGGUGAACCAAGUCCAUCACCAAAGCUGCCACCUCCAGCAACACGAUCUCAGUUAAUCCCUCGCGAAAGCCCGAAGGAGUCUCAUGAACGAUUCUUCGCCGGCAGCCGCGCACAUAGCAGGGAGAAUUCUCAAGAAGAGCAACAUUCGCAUAAGCGCCAAAGCAUGAUAUCGGAUGCUGACGAGUAUGAAGACAUUGAUGCCAAGUCCGACAUAAGCAGUCUGAAUGAGUUCGAGCGCUUCGACUUCACCGAUGGAGCCAACAGUCGUACUGGAAGUGCAGCUGGACAUUCCCUGAAUUACUUUGCUGCUCAAAACAGUCCUGCCAGUGGUCGUGGAAGCCCCUUUGGCAAUGUCACUCUCGAAAGGUGGUGA